AUGUGCCCGAGUUAUAUACCGGCGUGCUCCCUGUGUCUCUUCCCUCCGCUUUUGCUGCUUUUUGGACAACAUUGUCUGGCAGCCCGCCCCUUGCUUGUCUUUCUGAUCGAUGGAUUCCGCUAUGACUACAUGGACGACCUGCAUGCCCUACCCGGAUUUCGUGAGCUCGUGGACAAUGGGGUGAAAGUGGACUACAUGACGCCGGACUUUCCGAGUUUAUCAUACCCUAAUUACUAUUCAUUAAUGACAGGCCGUCACUGUGAUGUUCAUCAGAUGACUGGAAACUACAUGUGGGAUGAAGCUUCUAAGAAGGAAUUCCUGAUUGGGAUCAAUCCUGAUAGCCGCUUGCCUCUUUGGUGGAAUGGAUCAGAGCCAUUAUGGGUCACCCUGCAGAAGCUGGGAAAGAAGGUUUUCAUGUACUACUGGCCUGGCUGCGAGGUGGAGAUUCUGGGUGUCCGCCCCUCGUUCUGUGAGGAGUACAUCUACAACCCAUCUGAGAAAAAUCUUACAGACUCAAUAGAGAAUGCUCUCAGCGUGUUGAGGUCAGGUCAUGCAGACAUGGCAGCAAUAUAUUAUGAGAAAAUAGAUGUGGAGGGUCAUCACUUUGGGCCAGACUCUCAUCAGGUCAGAGCAGCUGUGCAACAAUUGGACCAUGCCAUGCAGACACUCAACUUCAAAAUUAAAGAGAAGAACAUGGUGAAACAGCUGAACAUUAUGCUAUUUUCUGACCAUGGCAUGACAAAGAUCCAGUGGAUGGACAAGGUCAUAGAACUGGACAAGUAUAUUAAUAUGUCAGACAUUGUCAAGAUGAUGGACAGAGGACCAGUAGUCAGUCUGUGGCCAGAAGAAAACAAGUACCAACAGGUGUAUGCUGCAUUGUCCCAGGCCCCUAACAUGCGUGUCUAUGCCAGACAUGAGAUCCCCAAACGUCUCCAUUACAAAGGAGGACGGUUUGUUUCCACCCUGACGCUUGUGGCUGAGCCAAGCUGGUUUAUCAUAGAGAAUAAGGAUGGACUCCCAUACUGGAAAAAUGACACUGGUGAGCCCUCAGCAUGGCAAAAUGGCUGGCAUGGUUACGACAAUGAGUUCCUUGACAUGAGAGGCUUUUUCUUGGCAACAGGACCUGACUUCAAGCAGAAUGUUCAGGCGGCUCCAAUACGAGCAGUGGACAUCUAUAAUGUGAUGUGCUGGGCAUUGGGAGUUAAACCGUUGCCCAAUAAUGGGUCCUGGUCUCGGGUGGAAUACUUCCUGAAUGGCUCUGAUGGUCCAUCAUGCCCUACCCUCUGGACCUGCUGUAUGGUUUUGUCAGGAAUACUGCUUGCACUGUGGGACUAAACAAUAAACAAUGUUGAUAACUAAUGAUAGCUAGAGUUGGAAC